AUGGACGCCAGUACCAACGCUCAUCUGGCGAGUCUGCAGGUCGUCAACGAUCACCCCCAGUCAGGCAACGAUCCUGUUGACCCUGAGAACGGCUUUUGUACGUCCUCAAACGAGCAGGGAGUUUCGGGUGAAUCAGGGUCUACUUCACCAACCCAGAGUAGCCGUGAUAGAAUCAGCACGCGCCUCAGACGAAACAGAUCCAAGCUUCUAUCAUUUCUCGGACUCCGUACUCCUUCAAAUGCUGCACGACUGGCGCCCCCGGGAGAAGUUCGCCCAAGUCCAGUGGACUCUGCUGAGCCGUCGCAGUCUUUCCACUCGUAUCCUGACGGAGAUAAUCGCACCGGCCAAAGCACCCCUUCUAUAGAGGGUCAGAAUAUUCAUGCGGCAGUUGCAUCAGCUCAAAGCAGCUCAAAUACGUCCUUUGAUGCGUUCAGAUGUCAUUUAUCCCUUACAGAUGAGAGAGUUACAGCACCUACGGAGCUCCAGCCACGACUUUUGAAGACCGACAUCGUGGAGCCAAUUCCCACGCGCAUCGAAAUCCGAUGUACAAAUUCCACUUCAGCAGUGCUGACCGACAUCGUCUCAAGCAAAUUAUCCACCGCAUUUGGCUAUCCAACCGUUAUCCGCCGUACCAAGCCUCGAUCACGCCCGAGUAUUCGAGCUGCCCAGUUCGUGUCGCCUCACCCCCCGCUGAGCAAGCAGGGGGAUAGCGCGAAUGAUGCUCCUGAUAGCGACGACCCCUCAACCUCUCCCUCUAAUGGUGGCUCACCUGUCAGUACAAACUCGACUCCUCCGACAUCUGAAGAACCUUGCUCUUCUCAGGAUAGCUGGAAGCACCUUUCUCAGAAUGUGACAGAGAACGGUCAACAACUGACCCUACGAGACCGUGGGACACACAGGAUCCUGACCCCGAUUCAAGAAUUGCCCUGCGUUACGCCAUCUAUCCAUACUGUAGAGGCCACCGCCAAUGCAAAGAUAUUUCUCGAGACACACUUCAAUACCAUGUGGUCCAACGAGGACCCACGCUUCCAGCGCCAGACUGAGCUCGAGAAGUACAUCCAUGCAUAUCCACUCACCCCAGAAGAGCAAGUCAAAGCAAAGAAGAACUGGCUGACUCAGGAACGCGAGCACCUACGCCAAUUUCGUGUUCUAAAGUCUCGUCCUUAUAGUGCUCGCCGCGAUGAAACAGUCUCCCUCGCUGGCUUCGAAGUGGUCAAAGUCCUUGGCAGGGGUAGCUUUGGGGUCGUCCGCUUGGUGAGGGAGAAAGGAUCCGAAGAGAAUCAUAGCCGUUGUGCAGACGAAAGAGCAUCCUCCUCUUUCAGAGCAGCCCGUUUGAAUCCGCUGCGCUCAGCGCUCGCGGGCUCGGAAAAGGUUCGUCGGCAUACCAUGACAGGUGCUAGGAAAAAUGUAUUUGCAAUGAAGGUGAUUCGCAAAUCGGUGAUGAUACGCAACUGCCAGGAAGGGCAUCUGCGUGCAGAGAGGGAUUUUCUCGUUGCUUCUGCCAAAUCUCGUUGGAUAGUGCCCUUGAUUGCAAGCUUCCAAGACCACAACUAUCUAUACCUUAUCAUGGAUUACAUGGUGGGUGGUGACUUUUUGGGCGUCCUGAUGCGACGGAACAUCCUGUCUGAAGAGCACACGAAGUGGUAUGCGGUGGAAAUGAUCCUCUGUAUCGAGGAGGCUCAUAAGCUUCAUUGGAUACACCGGGAUAUCAAACCGGACAACUUCCUGAUCUCGGCUUCGGGUCAUAUGAAGAUCUCUGACUUUGGCCUCGCAUUUGAUGGACACUGGGCUCAUGACCAAGUCUACUACAAUGACCACCGGCACUCUUUGCUAGAGAAGCUCGGUAUCCAAAUUGAAGGCGAUCGAGAGGAUCAAGAAGGAUUGGAAAAAUCGAAGCCUGCUGGCACCACGCAAAUUCCUGAGGCAAACAGACGGGACCGUGCACCACCCUUGACGAAUCUCCUGGACUGGCGCGACACGAGUCAAAAACGCAGGCUUGCGAGAAGCAUUGUCGGUACCAGCCAAUACAUGGCUCCUGAGAUUGUUCGGGGGGAGGUGUAUGAUGGACGUUGUGACUGGUGGAGCUUGGGAAUCAUCAUCUAUGAGUGCCUGUAUGGGUUCACCCCUUUUGCCUCUAUGGACCGGCAAGAGACCAAAUGGAAGGUUCAUCAUCAUGUCCAGUCGCUAUUCUUCCCAAGCGAUAGACCUGCUGACAAGAUGGUAUCUGCGGAGGCGAUCGAUCUGAUUAAUCGACUGCUACAGGACAGAGAGUUCCGACUGUGCUCGCGACAGUAUAGAGUCCGGAACGACCCAUUGCCCCUCCCGCCUGGGAGUAGGCAUCUCUUCCAUUCCCAUCGUAACCGCAGCCGGAACUACCAAGGCUCCUAUGUGUAUCCAAAUGACGCAGAGGAGAUCAAAGCGCACCCGUUCUUUCUGGGUAUCGACUGGGCAUCGCAUCAUCUAACGCAACCACCGUUCAUCCCCAAGGUGGAUGGAUGGGAAGAUACUCGCUAUUUCGAUGACAACGGCAUGACGGGCCUCGACCAAGACGAUGUCUCUAUUAGUUCCGAUGCCAAUCAAGGCCAGGACGAGCCUGAGGGAAAUGAUCUACACGAGCCAGAUCCUGAGGAGGAGAAGGUGCAGCACGAGGGCAACCGCGACGGUAAGAAAGAAAAGAAGGACAAGCUGGGCAGAAAAGAGAAGAAUAGAAAGAAACGGCCGCGAGACAAGAUUCUGCGAGACCCAAGGGUAAGCAAAGUAGUACUCGACAUCCGCAAGCGAGGAGCAUUUCCAGGUUACACAUACCGCCGACCCAAAGCCGUUGCUCUGGCUCUGGCGCCUGAACGAGGGCGAUCAAUCUUUUCCAGGGGCCAGUUAUCAGAGUUGUAUGGAUAUUGA